AUGCCAAUACAGAGUGGGGACCAUAUGGACAACAGCAGCCACAAUACAGGAUCGCCCCUAAAGGACGCAGCCCCUAAAGGACAACAGCAGCCACUAUACAGGACGUCCCUAAAAGGACAACAGCAGCCACUAUACAGGACGCCCCCCCAAAGGACAACAGCAGCCACUUAUACAGGACGCCCCCCAAGGACAACAGCAGCCACUAUACAGGACGUCCCCCAAAGGACAACAGCAGCGCAGCUAUACAGGACGCCCCCUAAAGGACAACAGCAGCCGCUUAUACAGGACGCCCCCAAAGGACAACAGCAGCCACUAUACAGGACGUCCCCAAAGGACAACAGCAGCCACUAUACAGGACGUCCCCAAAGGACAACAGCAGCCACUAUACAGGACGUCCCCAAAGGACAACAGCAGCCACUAUACAGGACGUCCCCAAAGGACAACAGCAGCCACCACUAUACAGGACGCCCCCCAAAGGACAACAGCAGCCAUAUUAUAAAGGACGCCCCAAAGGACAACAGCAGCCACUAUACAGGACGUCCCCAAAGGACAACAGCAGCCACUAUACAGGACGUCCCCAAAGGACAACAGCAGCCGCUUAGACAACAGCAGCCACUAUACAGGACGUCCCCAAAGGACAACAGCAGCCACUAUACAGGACGUCCCCAAAGGACAACAGCAGCCACUAUACAGGACGUCCCAAAAGGACAACAGCAGCCCACUAUACAGGACGUCCCCAAAAGGACAACAGCAGCCACUAUACAGGACGCCCCCAAAGGACAACAGCAGCCACUAUACAGGACGCCCCUAAAGGACAACAGCAGCCGCUUAUACAGUGACGCCCCAAAAGGACAACAGCAGCCGCUAUACAGGACGCCCCAAAAGGACAACAGCAGCCACUAUACAGGACGUCCUCAAAGGACAACAGCAGCCACUAUACAGGACGUCCCCAAAGGACAACAGUAG